AUGGCUAGUGGAGGAAGCAAAGGUGAUCCUGCAUGGGAACAUAGUUUUCCAAUUGAAGGUAAUAAAAGUUUAACAAUAUGCAAAUAUUGUAAUCGCGUGAUGAAGAGUGGUGGAGUAACACGAUUAAAAUACCACCUUAGUGGUAUUGGUCCUUCACACAAUGUACAAUCUUGUGGUCAAGUGCCUCCUGAAGUUAAAAAAUUCAUAAUAGAUUUGUUAAAAGGAAAACAACAACGUAAGAUCAAAAAAGCAAAUAGAAUGGAAGAGAUUUGUGCAGAUUUACAAGGACAACUGCAUGCUGAAACAUAUGAUGUGGAUGAUGAGGAUGAUGAUGACAUAGCAUAUCCACUUGGGAUGGAUCCAUAUGAGAAAAAUGAUUAUCGAGAGGCAAUUCGUGUUUCUAAACAAUCAGAGUGGGAAAGAAGUCAUCUCCAUAAAGUUCGAUGUCAAGCUAAAGGAGGCGAAUCUAGCAAUCGUGCUAAACCUGUAGUACAACGAACACAGAAUAAUGGCUCUGCAUUUCUUAAAGCUGGGAAGAAAUUGAUGGGAGAUUACAAUUUGUACUGGACUCCAUGUGCAGCACAUUGCAUUGAUCUCAUGUUUGAAGAUAUUGGGAAGAAUGAGAAAGUGGCUAUUGUAAUCAAGCAGGCUAGAGCAAUCACAACUUACACCUACAAUCAUAAUUGGUUGCUAGCAAAGAUGCGUGAAACUUACAAAGGUGACAUCAUUCGUCUGGGACUUACACGAUUUGCCACAAACUAUCUUGCGCUUAAUAGAUUGGUUAAAAAGAAAGCAGGACUUAAGCAACUAUUCACAUCUACUGAUUGGACUAAUCAUAAUUAUAGUGCUUCAAACGAAGGCUAA